AUGUCUCUUCGUGCACCUCCGGGCUUUCCCAUUGCCGCUGGGGCCCAGUUUUACAACUUCACCCACGGCGGCACGACGUUCACCAAGGUACAACUUCGAUUCGAAUCCUGUCGCCGAGCCAAGAUCGCUAUUCCCUUCAACAUCUUGACGCAACUCGACAGCGCCAUCGAUAUCGGUAGACUGAUGCAGUCGCAAAACGAAGGAAUGACGUUUUAUGAGUUCCGCCGAAAGCCUGGGCAGAAGAUCAAGUAUCACAUCGCCGAAGCCAUACAUCCAGGCUCGUCGUGUCAAUGGAUGGACGGCAACUGGUCGAUUGUGCGCGAACCAGGACUAGGGGCCAUCACGUUUGAGAUGGCCCGCGGGGAGAACGGUUUUGAUGCCAAGGAGUAUAUUCGCCUGACAGUUGCCGAGCUUCGGUUCGAGGAAGGCAAGAAGUUGCUCUCAUGCACAGCCGAGUAUGUCGUUGAGGGAGACCGCGUUCCGGCCGGUGGUGAGGCUCCCCGCCUGCAGGAUCCAUCAGCCCCGGAAGAGCCGGGUUUUCCCGGCUUCUCGGCAAAGGGCAACACAAUGGUGCUGGCCGCAGACCUCAGCCCGAACCAAUAG